AUGUCGCUGGCACAGCUCUUGGCGCACUUCCCGCCCGUGGACUUUGCCAUGGGCUACGGCUCGGGCGUCUUCAAGCAGUCGGGCCAUGACAGCUCGAGCUCGAUGGUUGACCUCGUCCUCGCGGUGGAGGACCCGGUUGCAUGGCACGCGGAGCAAGUCGCCCGCCAUCCCGAGCACUACUCGGGGCUCAAGGUGUUUGGGCCCAAAGCCAUCGCGUACAUCCAAGAGGAGCUCGGUGCUGGUGUCUACUACAACACGCUCGCGCAGAUUCCGGGCACGAACCAACUGAUGAAGUAUGGCGUCGUGCGCACCAGCACCUUGUGCAACGAGCUCACCGGGUGGUCCAACUUGUACCUUAGCGGCCGCAUGCACAAGCCCGUCAACAUCCUCGCGUCCGUGCCAUCGGUCGAUGCAGCGUCGUCCACGAACCUCUCGCACGCACUCCACCUGGCGUUGCUCGGGCUCCCCGAGACGUUUACCGAAGAAGAGCUUUUCAUGAAAAUCGCUGGCAUCUCGUACUGGGGCGACUUUCGCAUGACGUUUGGCGAAAACCCGAAGAAGGUUCGCAACAUUGUCCACGGCAACUUGGAAGGGUUCCAGACCGUGUACGCCAAGAAGCUGCAGACGUCGCCGUAUCUGCAGAAGGGACCGACGAGUUGGACGAUGGACACGACGCCGUUGGCACGCGAAGCCAUGUUGGCGAGUCUUCCGGAAAACGUCACGUCGCGCAUGAAGCCCAAGCACAAGGCGCUGACGAUCGCGUCGCUGAACGGAAAGAAGGUCAAGCAAGCCGUCAGUAGCAUCGUUCGCACGUCGAGCCGGACGCAGAGCAUCAAGGGCAUCCUCACGGCCGGUGGCGUCAAGACCGUACAGUACAUUUGGCAAAAGCUCAGCCGAACCUACUUGCGCUAA